AUGGCUCCUUCUGGGACAACUGGACCUCGGGCGCUGUUGGCAGCUUUGGGUCUUCUCAGCUGCUGUAGCUUGGGCUCGUGUGAGGCCUCAAGGACUAGUGGUUCAACACCAGCAGGGAAUAGACAGGAGAUAGAUCCCUCGUUACCGGAGCGAGUCAAAAGGGGAUGGGUGUGGAACCAGUUCUUCGUGGUGGAGGAGUACACCGGCACUGAGCCACUAUACGUUGGCAAGAUCCAUACAGACUCAGAUGACGGUGACGGAAACAUCAAGUACACCAUCUCUGGAGAAGGGGCAGGCACCAUCUUCAUCAUCGACGAGCAAACAGGAGACAUCCAUGCCACCGAGAGGCUGGACCGCGAGGAGAAGGCUUUCUACACGCUCAGGGCUCAGGCCCGGGACGAGCUCUCCAGCGACCCUCUGGAACCUGAGUCAGAGUUUGUCAUCAAGGUCCAGGACAUAAACGACAGUGAGCCCAAGUUCACGGAGGGUCCCUACAUCGGCAGCGUGGCGGAGCUGUCACCCAUAGGAACAUCUGUUAUGAAGGUCACUGCAUCGGAUGCCGACGACCCUGCAUACGGGAGCAGUGCCAGGGUGGUGUACAGCGUGCUGGAUGGAGAGAAGUUCUUCUCUGUUGAUAGACAAACGGGGCUCAUCAUGACAGCGGUGGCAGAUUUGGAUCGUGAGACGCAGGAUCGUUAUGAGCUGGUCGUCAAGGCAACAGACAUGGCCGGACAAAUGGGCGGACUCUCCGGCUCCACCACAGUGACCAUAGUGAUCACAGAUGUUAAUGACAACCCGCCGCGCUUCCCGCAGAAGAUGUACCAGUUUUCUGUGUCGGAGGGGGCGGCUCUGGGGACACCGGUUGGACGCGUCAUCGCCACGGAUGCGGACAUGGGAGAUAACACAGACAUGAGCUACCUGAUCAAAGAGGGAGGCGAUCUCUUCAAGGUCACCACUGAUGUGGAGACCCAGGAAGCUGUUGUCUCCAUUAAGAAGCAUCUGGACUUUGAGAGCAAGCGCACGCACAAUGUGGUGGUGGAGGCAGUAAAUAAGCACGUUGACCCCCGCUUCGUGGACCUGGGCUCCUUCCGGGACCAGACCAUCGUGCGGGUCAGUGUGUCGGACAUCGAUGAGCCGCCCAUCUUUCAACCUGCAGAGGGCACUAUCAUGGAAGUGCAGGAGGAUGCGAAAGUAGGCGCUCUGGUUGGCGUCGUCACUGCCAGAGAUCCAGAUGUGAAGGAUAUACCUGUCAGGUUCUCCAUCGAUCGGACCACAGACCAAGAGAUGAUCUUCCAUAUUGAUCCAGACUCGGGGGCCCUCACACUGGGCAAGAUCCUGGACAGAGAGACUGCAGGCUGGCACAAUAUCACUGUGAAGGCUGUGGAAGCAGAUAACCACACCAUGGCCUCCCACUCAGCAGUGAGCAUUCGGAUCCUGGACGUCAACGACAAUCCUCCCGAACUGGCCACACCAUACGAAGCCUCGAUAUGUGAGGACGCGAAACCAGGACAGCUCAUUCACACCAUCAGUGUGACGGAUAGAGACGAGCCACAAGCCGGACAUCGCUUCUUCUUCACCCUGGCGCCCGAGGCUUCCAGCAAUCGACACUUCACCCUGUGGGAUGUUAAAGACAACACGGCCGGCAUCCGGACCCAGCGGUCGGGCUUCAACCGCCACGAGCAGAAUGUGUACUUCCUGCCCAUCCUGGUGGUGGACAGCGGGCCUCCCUCCCUGAGCUCCACAGGCACCCUGACCAUCCACGUCUGCGGCUGCGACUCUGAGGGAGCCAUCCAGUCCUGCAAUGCCACAGCCUAUGUAAUGAGUGCUGCUCUCAGCCCUGGGGCACUUAUAGCACUGCUGGUCUGCAUGCUCAUCCUCAUAGUUCUGGUCUUGCUGAUCCUGACCCUGAAACGCCACAGGAAGGGCCAGAGGAUGGCAGAGGACGAGGAGGACAUGAGGGAUAACGUCAUCAAGUACAAUGACGAGGGCGGAGGGGAGCAGGACACUCAGGCGUACGACAUGAGCGCCCUGAGGAACCUCUACGACUUCCCAGAGGCCAAGAGCUGUGACUCUGGCCCGGACAUUCGCUCACUGCCUCAGUGGAUACAGGCGAGCCGAGCGACCAGGGGUGCAGAGGGAACCGCGGCGGCGGCGGCUGCGGCGUCAGCAGACUUCUCCCUAUUCAAAGGCUACAUCCGGAAGAAGGUGGAGCAGGCAGACGCCGACCUGUCGGUCCCGCCGUACGACUCCUUCCAGACGUACGCCUUCGAGGGCUCCAGCUCACCAGCGCUGUCGCUCAGCUCCAUCCACACGCUGUCCACCACCUCGGAACAGGAUUUCUCCUACCUCAGCGACUGGGGGCCGCGUUUCAGGCAGCUGGCAGGCUACUACGCUCCGGGAAACCCAGAGGAGGAAGGAUCCUAG